GGAGAGGACAGGACAGGAGGAGAGUGUAAACUAGAGGAGGGCGAAGGAAGCGAGGCGCGACACAGCUCCCGGAGAGGAGGGCAGAACUGAGCGCCUAGCGCAGAGCGGCUCGCCCGGCCUAGAGGAGGGAGUGCUGCGCAGAGAGGAGGGGCUUGAGGCCCCGUAGAAAUGUCAAUCAGAGCCCGGAGCCCAGGGAAUCUCGGCCAAUCUGUUCGGACCUGACCUGACUCCUCGCUGCCGCCGCUGCCGCCGCCGCCGCCCGCCGCGGAGCAGAUCAAUAGGCGAACGCGGAGCGCGACGCAGCGCGGCCCGGGCUCGGCCCAGCCCCCGAUGCGCUCCGGAGCCGGGGUCCGGAGCUGAGCACGGCGGCUCGGGGGUCCGGGCCCCCAGUCCGUAGGUGCGCCGCGGGCCACCAUGUCCUUCCCCCAGCUCGGAUACCAGUACAUCCGCCCUCUCUACCCACCCGAACGCCCGGGAGCUGCGGGCGGCGGUGGAGGCGGCAGUAGCGCUGGGGGCCGGAGCGGUCCCGGCGCCGGAGCCUCCGAGUUGGCCGCCUCUGGGUCCCUAUCCAAUGUGCUUUCAUCAGUGUACGGGGCACCCUACGCCGCUGCCGCAGCUGCCGCCGCCGCCGCUCAGGGUUACGGCGCCUUCCUGCCCUACGCCACGGAGCUGCCCAUCUUCCCACAGCUGGGCGCUCAGUAUGAGCUGAAGGACAGCCCUGGCGUCCAGCAUCCGGCCACGGCCGCCGCGUUCCCGCACCCGCACCCCGCCUUCUACCCCUAUGGCCAGUACCAGUUCGGGGACCCGUCCCGUCCCAAGAACGCCACCCGGGAAAGCACGAGCACGCUCAAGGCCUGGCUCAACGAGCACCGCAAGAACCCGUACCCCACCAAGGGCGAGAAGAUCAUGUUGGCCAUCAUCACCAAGAUGACCCUCACCCAGGUGUCCACCUGGUUCGCCAACGCGCGCCGGCGCCUCAAGAAGGAGAACAAGAUGACGUGGGCUCCCCGUAGUCGCACGGACGAGGAGGGCAAUGCUUAUGGGAGCGAGCGGGAGGAGGAGGACGAAGAGGAAGACGAGGAAGAGAGCAAACGCGAGCUGGAGAUGGAGGAGGAGGAGCUCGCAGGAGAGGAGGAGGACACGGGGGGCGAGGGGCUGGCCGACGACGACGAGGAUGAGGAGAUCGAUUUGGAAAACUUAGACAGCGCGGCAGCCGGGUCGGAGCUGACCCUGGCUGGGGCGGCGCACAGGAACGGCGACUUCGGCCUGGGACCCAUUUCGGACUGCAAAACUAGCGACUCGGACGACAGCUCCGAAGGCUUGGAGGACCGACCACUGUCGGUCCUGAGCCUGGCCCCACCGCCACCGCCCGUGGCCAGGGCUCCUGCAUCUCCACCUUCUCCACCCUCCAGCCUGGAUCCCUGCGCUCCGGCCCCGGCGCCCUCCUCCGCCCUCCAGAAGCCCAAGAUCUGGUCACUGGCCGAGACGGCCACCAGCCCGGACAACCCACGCCGCUCGCCUCCCGGAGCCGGAGGUUCGCCUCCCGGCGCAGCCGUUGCGCCCCCGACGCUGCAGCUCUCGCCCGCGGCCGCUGCAGCGGCUGCAGCGGCACACAGACUCGUGUCGGCGCCGCUUGGCAAAUUCCCCGCUUGGACCAACAGGCCUUUCCCAGGGCCGCCGGCCGGUCCGCGGCCGCACCCGCUGUCCAUGCUGGGCUCGGCCCCACAGCACCUGCUGGGACUUCCCGGAGCCGCAGGUCAUCCCGCUGCGGCCGCAGCCGCCUAUGCUCGGCCUGCCGAGCCGGAGAGUGGAACAGGUGACAAGAAAAAUAUCGCUGUAGUGCCUUGGAAGUGGAGAAAAAGUUACUCAAGACAGCUUUCCAGCCGGUGCCAAGGCGGCCACAGAACCAUCUGGACGCUGCUCUGGUCUUAUCAGCUCUCUCCUCGUCUUAACUUUUCAACCAUUUUUAAAUCGUUGUACUAAUUGUAAAAAACAAAACAAAACAAAAUCGCUCUGUAUAGUGACGAGUUGCAAGCAUGUCUGUGUAUGAUUACCUUAAAAGAAACACUAAACAACAACAACAACAACAACAACAACAGGAAAGGACAAAAGAAAGAAAGAAAGCCAGUCCCCCCACCUUGGCCCUCCCCCAAGUCACCCCACAUUUAGAUUGUGAGGUUCCUUCGUUGUGUUGAUUUCGGGGGGGGGGGGAGUGGGGUUACGGAGAGAACAAGCCUGUCUGACUCUUUUUGUAUAUACGGGAAAAUGUACAUACGUGUGAACCAAAUUGUACAAGAAAGUAUCUAUUUUUUGGCUAAAUAAAUGAGCUGUUGCCACUUUUGACUAUAACCGGCAGGUCUGCC